AUGGCUAAGCACCCUUCGGUUCGAGAUCGGGACUUUGAUACUAGCAGUGUACGAAGAGUGUUGUCUGGAACGGCGCUAUUAGGUGUGGAAGCCACGCAGCAAUUCGAGGAGUUGUGGAACGGCAGGAUAAAAAGUCCAACUGGGAUGGGGGAUGUCAGAAGGGCCCCGCGCGAGAGCUCGGGUCCAUCUUCGAUUUCCAUCGGCGAGCUAGUCCCCGACGGCGGAGAAAAGCUUAUCAAGGAAGACAGCGAGAGGGAAACCCGACUUUUGAAUGAGGAGCUAAUCAAGAUCCGCAAUGCUCAAGUGACGCCCGCAGGGCUCGAGGGUUUUCUUCUCGAACACCCGCAGAUUGUUGACGCAGCAAUGAUUGGAAUUAAAGCGUACGUUUCCCUCGAUCCGUGGACACACGUCGAACUCGCGCCGGGUUUACGGAUGACCAAAGCCAAAUUUGCAGAAAUUGCCGACAUGCGCGUCCCUAAGAUCAAACGACUCACGGGCGGAGUCAUCUUUGUGGUCUCGAUUCCGAAAAAUCCUGCAAGAUUCUGA